AUGGCGGCCAGCUGCAAAGAACCAGAUCCGUUAUCCUGCUCAAUAUGCUUGGAUAUCUUGAAGAAUCCUGUGACUCUUCAUUGUGGCCACAGCUACUGUAUGGACUGCAUAAAUGGAUGCUGGGACCUGGAGGAUCAGGGUGGUGUUUACUGCUGUCCUCAGUGUAGAUACAGUUUCCCCAGCAGACCUGUGCUGAACAAGAACACAGUGCUAGCUGAUUUGGCAGGGAAACUUGGGGCACAGUCCUCUGCUCCUGUGAGGGAUGAAGUCGGUCCAGGAGAUGUGGAGUGUGAUUUCUGCGCUGUUAAGAAGCUGAAAGCUGUCAAGUCUUGUCUGGUGUGUCUGGCAUCUUACUGUGCAACUCACCUGCAGCCCCACUAUGAGUCUGCAGCUUUCAAAAGGCACAAGCUGGUAGAAGUUUCUGCUUCCUUACAAGAGAAGAUCUGCACUAAGCAUGACAAGCUGCUGGAAGUCUAUUGUCGAAGUGAUGGAGAAUGCAUCUGCCUGCUCUGUGUGAUGGAUGAGCACAAAGGUCAUGACACUGUUUCAGCUGCAGCAGAGAGGAAAGAGAAACAAAAACAAUUUGGAAAGAAAACACAAACAUACCAGCAGAGGAAACAGGAGAAGGAGAAGCAGCUCCAGCAGCUAAGACAGAAAAUGAAAAGACUGAAGUGCUCUGCAGAUGCAGCAGAUGAUCAAAACGAGAAAGCCUAUGCAGAGAUACUCCUGAUGGUGGAUAAAAGGCGGUAUGCUGUGAAGGAGCUGAUUCAAGUUCAGGAGAAAGCUGCAAUGAGCCGAGCUGAGGCACUUGUGGAUCGCCUGGAGAAGGACAUCUCUGAGCUGAGGAAGAGAGAGGAUGAACUGAAGCAGCUCUCACUCAAUGAGGAUCACAUUCACUUCCUACAGAGCUACCAGUCUAUGUCUGACUGUCCAGAACCUGACCUGUCCUCUGAUGUCAACAUCCAGCUACACAUGCCUUUUGAUUUUGUGACAAAGGCCAUUUCUGAUUUGAGGGAGAAACUGGAAAGCAUGAUACAGGCUGUUGGAGAAAUAUCUAAGACAAUUCAAGCUGAUCCUGAUCUCAAGACAAGACAAGACUAUUCCUUGUAUUCCUGCCCCCUCAGUUUGGAUCCCAACACAGCAUUUGAGAACCUAUUGCUCUCUGAGGGAAACAGCAAGGUAACCUGGAUUAAAAAAGCCCAGAGGUACCCGUAUCACCCAGAAAGAUUUACAAAAUACGAUCAAGUGUUGUGUGCAGAAGGUUUAUCUGGAGUUUGCUACUGGGAGUUUGAGUGGAGGGGGCCCAGGGUUGAGGUUGCUGUCUGCUAUAAAGGGGCAGAGCUGGAAGAAUGUGGUUUUGGAUACACUGAUCAGUCCUGGUGCGUUUCCCUUUCAAACUCUGGUUGUACCUUUUGGCACAGUGGAGUCAAAACCAAAAUAUCCAUCUCCUGCUCUUCUACUGUAGGAGUGUAUUUGAACCAUAAGGGAGGGAACCUAUCCUUCUACAGCGUGUCUGACUCUGGUCAAAUGAUCUCCCUUCACAGAGUGCAGACCACAUUCUCCCAGCCUUUGUACCCUGGGUUCAUGGUCUCCAGAGGAGCUUCAGUUAGGUUAAUGCCUCCAAAGUAAAAGGCAUCCUCUGUCAGAAUCGCUUAGUGCAGCAUCUGUAAUACAUUACAUUUACUUGCUGUGCACUGCUAAAAAUCAGUAUUACACCAUUAUGCCAGCUUUGUGAAAUAAAAGUUUUUUUUCAUAUGUUACAUAUUUCCUGUUAUGCAAUGAAUCUAUUUAAACUGUUAACACUGCAUUUUUUGCUUGUGACUGUUAAAUGUUGAGUAAUCAAUACAGUAGUAUAAAAAUGUUGA